UCUUCUCUCGGCAUCAUCUCGAGUCAGUGCACAGUUUUCCGUAAUUCAGCAAGCCGUGAAUCCAACGAUGACUGACCAGCUUUGCAAACUUUUUGUCGGAGGUCUCAACGUUGACACCGACGACGAUGGUCUUCGCAAACACUUCGAGCAGUACGGUUCCCUCACCGACUGCGUGGUAGUGGUGAACAAGCAGCUGCAGCGCUCCCGUUGUUUCGGCUUUGUGACCUACUCGACACCGGAGGAGGCCGACGCAGCAAUGGCGGCAAGGCCUCACACAGUGGACGGCAGUGGCGUGGAGGUGAAGAGGGCCGUGGCGAGAGAAGACGCGAACAAACCAGAGGCCCUCGCCAAGGUUAAGAAAAUCUUCGUCGGUGGAUUGAAAGACGACAUCGAGGAGGAACACCUGACCGAGCAUUUCUCCCAGUACGGUGAAAUCGAGAAGGCCGAAGUCAUUUCGGAGAAGGAGACGGGGAAGAAGAGAGGCUUCGGCUUUGUUUACUUCAACGACCACGAUGCCGCAGACAAAGCAGUGGUGGUGAAAUUCCACACCAUCAAUGGACACAAGGUUGAGGUGAAGAAAGCCCUGACCAAGCAGGAGAUGCAGGCGUCCGGCAGGAGCGGGAUGCAGCCGAGGGGCAGAGGGGGCCGAGGCAUGCGGGGAAAUCAAAAUGGCUACGGCGCCAGAGACUACAGCGGAAACUACAACUACGGAAAUGGCGGAGGCUAUGGCGGCGGCGGAGGAUACGGAGGGGGCGGCUAUGGUGGUGGGCCAUAUGGGGGUGGUGGUGGUUAUGGAGAACAGGCUGGCGGCUACGGAGGUGGAAACGGCUACAACGAGUUCGGCAGCGGGUAUGGUCAGCAUUCUUCCGGCUACGGGCCCAUGAAAGGGCCACCUUUCGGCGGGCAGCAGAGGAGCGCGGCUCCCUACACCAGAGGCGGCGGAGGAGGAGGAGGAGGGGGAGGCGGCGGUGGAUACCCACGAGGGGGCUACGGAGGCGGCGGAUGUUGCUACGGUAACCUGGGCAUGAGGCGUCACCCCGAAAAACACUUGGGGUGUGUGUCUCCCCGCCGACGGGCAACUGGAGAGCGCUUGUGCCCUUUCCCCCUCAGAAGAAGAAGAGGGACGGUCUUUCACAACACCAUCCUUACAAGAAAUUCAGUCAUGACGGCUAAACUUUGCAAGCUUUUUGUCGGUGGACUGAAUGUGGAGACCACGGAGGAUGGGGUCCGCACGUAUUUCGAGCAAUUCGGCGCGUUGACUGACUGCGUCGUGGUGAUGAACCCGCAGAUCGGCCGGUCCCGCUGCUUCGGCUUCAUCACCUACUCGACACCGGAGGAGGCCGACGCAGCAAUGGCGGCUAAGCCACAUGUCGUCGAAGGCCAUGAGGUGGAUUUGAAAAGAGCCAUAGCCCGAGAGGAUGCAAACAACCCAGAUAUCCUCGCCAACGUGAAGAAGAUUUUCGUCGGCGGUGUGAAAGACCACAUCGAGGCGGACCACCUCACCGAGUACUUCUCGCAGUUCGGCGUGGUGGAGAAGGCCGAGAUCAUAUCCGACAAGCAGACCGGCAGGAAGCGGGGAUUCGGCUUUGUCUACUUCGACGACACCGACUCCGCCACUAAAGCGGUGCUGACCAAGUUCCACACCAUCAGCGGAAACAAGGUGGAGGUGAAGAAAGCUCUCACCAAGCAGGAAAUGUCCACAGGGAGCCGCGGGAGAGGCCGAGGCCGGGGGAUGCAGCCCUAUGGCGGUGGAAGAGGUGGAGGCUACGAAGGCGGCGGCUACGGCAGCAACUACGAAGGAAGCUACGGCGGUGGCGGCUAUGGUGGCGGUUACAACGGAGGUGGCGGUGGAGGAUAUGGAGGGUAUGGUGGAGGAUACGAGGAGGCAGGGUACGACCAGCAGCAGAUGGGGGGUGGGUACAGCAAUGGUGACUUUGGGGAUGGCUAUGGACAGCAGCACUCAAGUUAUGGUGCAGUGAAGGCGGUCAACUAUUCCUACAGGAGCGCGGCUCCGUACACCAGAGGCACCGGCGGAGGAGGCUACGGCCGGGGGGCAGGAGGAGGUGGUGGUGGUGGAUACGCCGGCUAUUAAAGCCCCCCACAAGUUUUGUGAUCAUGGGGAAAUUUCAGAUUACAGCGAACUUGAAUUUACAUGCACACACACACACACACACACACACACACACACACAGACACACACACUGGGUGAGGGGGUCUUGUUGAGAUCCUUUAAGCGAGCAGUACCCAUCACCCCCCACAGGAAUGAAUGACACUGUCCUCUGGAUCCCCCCACCCGGACCCCAUCUGUCCCUCUUAUUCCACACAUAAUGGACUUUACUACUAAGAAUUGUGAAUUGUUGAACUGUACUUUUUGUUAUGUUUUUGGGGAAAGACUUGAUUUGAAACAUUUGUAAAGCCGUAUUCAAUGUCAGUCACUGCUUCUCAACUCAUAAUUGAGUUUGUGUGUCUUGCAAACCAGCCACACGUGUGUUAUUUUUGCAUCAUGAACUCAGGGUUUUAGGUAAUGUUGAAGGCAGUGUCUGCAGCAUGGGGGACUCCAUUGCUUGGGUUUUUUUUUAUCUUAAACACUCGUGACAAAGUAUUUUUGGGAGAAAUGUCACGGAUUGUUUGUUGUGUAUAAAUUACUUUUUUCCACCCGUCCCAUUACAGGCUUUUGCUUAGAUUAAAACUGUUUUGAAAUCCAUGUGUUCAGUUCACCCUGUUUGAUUCUGCUUUUAUUAAAGUUUUUAAUGUUUUGAAACUCA